AUGGAUCCAUUGUCCAUAAUCGGGGGUGUGUCUGCAAGUAUAGCCCUCGUCCAGGCCGCCCACGAAGUUACCAGUAGCCUUCGCAAGCGUUGCGAAGAAGUCCGCGAGUUCGAUGGGAUUGUGCAACUCCUGCCGGACGAGGUCGAGUCCCUUGACGACUCGUACAAUCUGAUUCAGGAUCAGGUUUCAGCCGAUUGUGCGAAGUCAGCACGGACGGCAGCACGUAGAACUUUUGCUGAGCUGGGCCAUAUUGUCGAGGCGACUCAAGGAGGCGCUAAAGAUCCCCUGCUCGAGCGAAUCAAUAGGCAGAGGACUUUGAGCCAGAACAAAGAGAAACUCGUAGCCAUACGAAACCGCAUACAGACCAUGGUCAGAACAUCAACAAUAUCUGUGGCGCAUGUGCGGCCGACCACGGUUGACCAACAUGCUAUUGUCGGGUUCCGCGAUGGCCUGGCACGCGUUAAACGUCUCUACGCUUCAAGCGGGACAGGGUUUACCAACGCCGCGAUUGAGUAUGUCGGAGACGUCUUGUCGGAGGUCCACCACGGAGUUCGAAGGUUGUCUCUUGUGGACUCGGCUGUAGACAUGUCUGAUCGCUUCGAAAGGAGUCCGAAUGUCGCAGACUGGCCUGGGAACGUGGAAAGUCUGUACGAAACUAGUCUCGUCAUCUUCAAGGAAGUUAUGGAUGCGUCGGUGGCUGUAAUGGAGACGCCGCUACGGGGCAACGCUGGAAUCUUAGCAAGUUACCACGCCGUCCCAGAUGACCAGUCGCAGAACCGCGUAGCCAACACUAUCGAGGGACGCGCCGACGUCGAACAACGCAGGUUCAUCGUCAAAGUUUUCUUUCGCACCAUCUCUGCCGAAUUUGGCCUUCGAGAAAGCUAUAUGCGAAGGACGAAUAACCGACUGUCUUUCCAUGAUCGACGGCGGCAAAGUUUUGAGGACGGGGCAACCGGACUGUCUGAUCCCUCUAACAGCAUGUUUCGGUGA